CCCGGUCUGGAAAAGCGGGGAGUCGAGCGGAAGUCACUCUGAGGCGCCGGCAGGGGAGGCAAGUGAGCGCCUGCUUGGAGUUGGCGUGUCGGGAGCUUGUGAGAGUGACACGGCCCUAGCAGGUGGAAUUGGGCUAUUUGCUGAAGCUUCUUUCCCUGGUAGCCCUGGGAAAAAUUUACAUUUUUUUUUUUUUUAAAUCAUGGCUUUGGUUCAUAAAUUGUUGAAUGGCACUUAUAUUCUCAGAAAAUGCCAAAAGCCAAGAGUUGCCUCUUGUCCAUUUUGGGGGACUCACUUUGCAGACUAUUGUUCCAGUAGUUUUCAGAAACCGGUGGCUGCUCCUGGCAAGGCCUCUUCUCAGAGGAAGACUAAAGGGAAUUUGGAAGAACGUCACCAGAGGGAAGUUGCUUUGGAAAUAACUUCUCCUGAGGACAAGCCUGAAAUUAGUUUUGAUAAAGCAAUUAAAGAAGAAAUGAAGGACCAUUUUAGGCGUUUGAAGGAUGAUAUUGUGAAAUAUUGGAUAGGGCCUGAAGGCCGCCCUCUGCAUGAGGUCUUGAUGGACCAAGCCAAGGUCGUCUGGCAAUUCCGUAGCAAAGAAGAUUUGGAUAAGUGGACAGUAACUUCUGAUAAAGCGAUUGGUGGCAGAAGUGAAGUGUUCCUGAAAAUGGGCAAGAAUAACCAAAGUGCGCUGCUGUAUGGAACUCUGAGCUCUGAGGCGCCCCAGGAUGGGGAAAGUGGCCGAAGUGGGUACUGUGCUAUGGUAUCCAAGAUUCCAAGGGGCCCUUUUGAAAUGAAGAGAUCUUACGAUUGGUCCCAGUUCAACACUCUGUAUCUCCGUGUCCGUGGAGAUGGUCGACCUUGGAUGGUGAAUAUCAGGGAGGACACAGAUAUAAUCCAGAGGAAGGAUCAGAUGUACAGUUACUUCAUGUUCACCCGUGGGGGGCCCUACUGGCAGGAGGUCAAGAUCCCUUUCUCCAAAUUUUUCUUCUCUAACCAAGGACGAAUCCGGGAUGCCCAGUACCAGCUUCUGCUUGACAAGAUCUCAUCUAUUGGAUUCACCCUGGCUGAUAAAGUGGAUGGUCCAUUUUUCUUGGAAAUAGAUUUUAUUGGAGUAUUUACAGAUCCGGCCCACACAGAAGAAUUUGCCUAUGAAAAUUCUCCAGAGCUUAAUCCAAGACUUUUUAAAUAGUGAUCAUGUGGUAUUUCUGUAUUGCUGAGGGUAGUAGAAUCCACAGUGACACAAAAAUAAAGUAUUUUUAAAAUGGUG